AUGCUAAGGCAAGAAUUGUUUCCAUACUUAGAAUAUUAAGAUGCAAUAAAACUACUUCAGAUUUCAAAGAUCGUUAGUUAGGUCAUUAGUGAGCAUUUCAGUUUGUGGAUGAAUCAUGCUUCCUUGAUUGCAAAUAAGCUCCACAUCGACUACGAUGAACUCUUGCAAUUCAAUUCAUUCCAAGAUUUUAAAGAAGCGCAAAAACUGUAAAAGGUAAAUGAGACUGAGCAUACCUACAGAAGAUUUUAUUAAGGCAAAAAUGAAAUUUUAGCUUAUGCUGGAGGCAUGUGGGCUUGGAAACUUGACGAAAGGUACUAUGAUAUAGAAGAUAGAACUGAUAGUACUUUUGGUUAGAAGGUUAGCCAUUUGAAAUCAGUAUGUUGGUUUGAUCCAUGGGCACUAGCAGAGAGAGUAAUUCCUGGGAUAUACGACUUAUUUAUCAUCCAUGGAGUAAAGAGUUCGCCAUAAAGAAGACAUGGUAUGAUGGAUUAGGCUACUCUCUUUGUUGAAUAAGUAGAAAAUGAAACAUUUAGAGAAAUUUUCAAAAUAGAUAGCUUUAUCCCAAAAGAAAUGUAUUUGAAAAUGCCUUAGGACAGACUUAUUAGAACUCUUCUUUGUAGAUUAGAUUUGACUAAAAAUUAGAGUGAAUGCUACAUAAAAUUGAGAUUCUUCCAUAAUAAUGGAAACUGGAAAUCAGAUUAUUUAUUUGAAGGAUUUGCGCUUGUUUUAGUUAGACCUUAAUAGGUUGAUUCAUAAUCUCAAUAGAUUUAAUGA